CUCUCCUGCGUCAUCCGACUGUAAACUUCUGCUGCUUCCAGCUCCAGACUGUUUGUGUUCGCUAAAGUUUCUCAAACAGACGCAGAUUUAUUCGUCUGAUCGUGCAGACUUUCACAGAAACAGCGAUGUUUUCAUAAGAGCUGCAGGACUCAAGAAUUUCCGAGGAUGGUCAGGAAAAGCGGCGUUGCGCGUCGUUCAUCGAAGCGUGGCUCUCAGAUCUCGGCUCUCAAGCAUCUCUCUCUGCUGGAUCCGGCUCCCGCAGAACCUCCUCUGCUCCAGACCGGUUCAGAAGAGAGUCCCGUCUGUCCAGACCGGGUUUACCUGCACGCGGCUGCCAUCUUUCAGAGCACACACCUGGAGAAACCCCCCGCUCACAGGCUCAUCAGCUACGGGAAGAGGUCAGAGGUCAGACUGCCUGUCGCCAAGGACGAGGCUUCUCAGCGAUCAGCGUAUCAGCUCGCCUUCAACACGCUCAAAUAUCAGGAGCUUCUGGAGGACGUCUUGAUUGACAGCUGCUUCUGUCUCUCACAGCCAAUGCCGGUCCACAGCAUGAGUCUGGUGGCCGUCUUGCUCACUGACUUAAUGGACAGGAAGUUCCUCCCACGUCCGCCAGCAGCCAAUCAGGAGGAGGAGGAAGUGAAGGCCGUGCAGGAAGUGGAGGCCUGUCUUCUCAGGUUCAGGACGAAGCUGGUGGCGUCUCUGGCUCGGUGUCGAAUCAAACACGAGCUGCUGACGCUGGAGAACAUGGUUCCGGAGCAGAUCCGGCACAGAGAGGAGCGAGCCACGCUGCUGCCGCUGUACGGCUGGAUCAACUCGCUCCGCAGCAGUUUGGAGGAGGUCUGUGAAGUGUUAUACACAUCAGGUUUUUCCUGUGUUAAAUCUGUCGGGCAGCUGGAAGGACGGACCUUCUGUAAGGACCUGCACUGCCGUGAUCUGCUUGUGUUUCCCAGCAGCGUGAAGAACAAUCUGACCAACAGCAGAUUACUGAGUGACGGCAGACUCAUCAUACAGGAUAAGUCAUGCUGCGUGGGGCCCUGGGCUCUGUGGCCCCUGCUGGCCGACGGCGGAGACGUCCUGAUGAGCGGUUGUUUCUCUGCGCAGACGGUCGCACACGUGUCUGCAGUGGCUGCGGCUGCGUCUGCACACACACAGGCAGAAACACACACGUCUCAGUCAGACGCUCACGGUCGGAGCGCAGUGAUCGUGUGUUUGGGAGACGGAGCGCAGUCACAGACAGAGGAACUGCAGAACACACUCACCAAACUGGGCUGCAAGAAUGUGAAGCUGCUUCCAGACUCUCUCGAGUCUCUGGACGUCUCUGACGCGCGUCUGCAGAAGAUCAGUGUGGUGUUUCUGAUGCCGGCGUGUUCCCUGUCCGCCAUCAGCAACCCUGUCGAUUACAUAAUGCAGGAGAACAGAGACCCGCGGCUCAUGCUGGAUCUGUCCCAGGGUUCAGUCUCUCCAGAGAAAAUCCAGAUGCUCGUGUGCCAGCAGAGGAAAGUCCUGCAGCGCGCCGUCCAGUUUCCUCAGGUGCGGGCGGUGCUUUACUCCACCUGUUCUGUUCACCCAGAGGAGAACGAGGAGGUGCUGAAGACGGUCCUCUCACAAACACAAGAGAAUCACUCCACAGCGCCGCCCUUCAGGUUUAGUUCUCCAAGUCUCCUGCAGGACUCUAUCGUUGAAGACGAUGAGGAAUCAGAGGAGAUGAAGCCCAGAUUCUUCAGACUGGAAGCAUCAGAUCAUAGUAACGGCUGUUUUUUAGCGCUGCUCACACGAGAGCCUGAACCAGAAGUGAUAGAAACACCACAGGAAGUGCUCGCUCGCGCAGCGGCCAAAGGCCUGUUAGAUGGCCUCCACCCAAACCAGCCAAUCCAGAAAGAAGGCCGAGGCCGACGGUCCCGCAGAGCACCCGCCAAUCAAAAACGCUCUGUGAAGACACGCCCACACGCCACACAGAGCGACCAAUCACGUGUAGCGGAAUUUCUGGACCGUGAGAUGAAAGGAAGCCGCUCAGAGCCAACAUUGAGUCAGUCGCCUCGGAGACCGGCACACUACGAUAAACCAUUUAGUUCUCAACGUCCCUCUCAGAGCGGUUUCUCAAGGACAGACUCCGCCCCCAGUCCUGCCCCUAUCUCCCAGACAGGCUCCGCCCCUGCCCCUAUCUCCAGGACAGGCUCCGCCCCUGCCCCUAUCUCCAGGACAGGCUCUGCCCCCGGCCCUGCCCCUAUCUCCCAGACAGGCUCCGCCCCAAGCCCCGCCCCUUUCUCAAGUUCGUAUCGUAAAAGUUUGACUCGUUUGGCCGCGGCUGUGGUUUUCAGCAAUGAUAAUAACUCCUCCCUGCCUCCUGCUCCACCCAAAGGCCGACAGGAAGUGCUUCGGCCGGCGACCGUUACGUUUCCUCCUGUUCUGUUGUCAAACAACGAUCUUCUUCCUCAGAGGUGGAGCCACGCCCCUUCAGCCCGACCAAGCCCCGCCCACACAUGCUUGCAGUGGCGUAACUCGACACCAGCUCUCCCUCGAAGCCAAACGCCGUUCAGACUGAAUCAUCUGCGGCCGUGGCUCUGACACGCAUUAGUCAGUAUUAAUCAGUAUUUAAAAUGUAAGACUUUUUAAUGCCAGAUAUCUGUACAAGAGCCCAACUAACUCAUUAUUUCUAAACUUGAGCGUCACUGCCAUCAAAACAUGCAUAUUUUGUAAUGCCACUUGAGUUUGCAUGCAAAUAAAACAUGGAGAGACACUUUUGUUUUGACGUAAUUUAUUUCCACAACAUGAUACAUUAAUAUGGUGUAAAAAUGAGUGUCUUUAGUGGUCGAUCUGGUGUUUUAAAAUAACAUUCCUGUGAAAAAUAACAUUCCUGUGUUUGUUUGAUAUCUGACGCAUAUACUUUAGCAGGGAUUCCUCAUGUAUGUGAGCAUCUGAAACGCUCUACGCAAGUACGCAAAAUCUCUUAGCAAAGCAAGCUCUGUUCACGCAUCACUGUGCGCCACUAUUCAUAAUGCAAUGCAAGUAUUGCAUCUUCAGCACUUCUACAGAGGGGCGUUACGUCGGGCGUUAGUGUAAAUCGUACUCCUCUACGCUUAACUCAAGUUUUUAAGGUUACUUUCACAAUGUGGGAUUUCUUAAAGAGAAAAUAAGCAAGGGACUUUAUUUUACCAUUUAAAAAUUGAUGCAAUUAUGAAGUGGCUGUUACAAACCAAAAGGGCACCAAAAUAAGAGGGUUUUCUGACGUCACUUUAAAACAUUGAAGUGGAUCCAUCCAGUUAUUCAAUGGGAAUCAUCAAGGUUAAAUCAACAUUAUUAAUAAGCGGUUUUAUCAUCAUCAAGUAAAAUUUCAUUGUUAAUUUAUGUAUUUUGUUAACCUUUUUUAACAAACAUUUAGCAUUAAAUCAGUGUAUUUCGACAACAUUUUACAAUGUUGAAGGUCUUUUAUCCAGUCAAAGCUCUUUUAGUGUAAUUGUACAAGUGUCCAGCUUCAGCUGCUGCUUCUGGUGUCAGAUCUUGUGUGAUUUUGAUCAAAGUAAAGGUCUGAAUAACUGCAGUAAUAUCUCCAGAUCAAC